GGCACAGUGGAGCCGUCGUGAUACGAUUGUGCAACGUAGCCGGGCAGACUACUAAGUGCUACAAAUCCUCUGACCAAUGUCCCGCACCCCGCUCAGUCGGAAACAGCUACCAACGACUUAAUACACUCGUGCCGUGAAAAUAUAAACACAAAGCUAAUUCCGUUAUGGCCGUGAUUCUAUUACUCGGAAUAUUACUUAUAAAUCGAGUCAGCACGCGAACGGCGAUAACCGAGUUACCACCAGAGAUUGGCGGAAUCGCAUUAACAGAUGCUCCCGUCGCGAUUUUUACCUUACAAAUCCGACGCGCGGAUGCGGACGCCGCUGCCUCCGCCGGAAACAAUCUCAAUGCCGACGAGGGCGCAGCAUCGAACAACCAGGAUGUACAUGAAAAUUUCCAAGCAAUUCGCUCACUUAGAAAUGAAAUGGAAAAAAAGAAUCAAAUCGGAAACGAAGAAAACGUUGACUUGCCUUCAUCUACAGAUAGAAAAGUCAUAUAUAAUGGUGGGAUUUUUCCUCUAAAUGAAAAAGAUAAAACGAAUACUGGCCAAGUGAUGCCUUUAGUUUGGAAUGGCUGUGUAGAAACACGGCACAAAGAAAAUUAUGGAAACACAGUGAAAUACGAAGAAAAUACACAUGUUGAUGAUAAUAUACACAUUCAGGGUAACAAAGAUAUCGGAAACCUGUGGAAUAAGCGGAAUGUGGGCUUAAACGACACGACAACCUUUAAAUCUUGGUUGCAAAAAUACAAUAACUUAAAGAACAGUAAAAGUGAAGAAAGACGUCAACAAAAAUUGGAUUUUCCGUUUCCGAAAAAAAAUACAGAGACUACCUUGCAAACGGUGACAGAAACUGCGUCAAGUACGGUACACGUCAUACCCAUAACAAGAAACGUUUUCAAAGAGCAAGUGCCGAGCACCACGGCCAAUAUUAAUGUGACAGAAAACAAUAUUAUAGCUGGUUACACAGAAGAUUGGUUUGAGUCAAAGGACAGAACGAAAAUAAGAUUUAGUGAACUCCCCCAAAGGGAAACAUAUUUGAUACCCACGUUGAAGCUCGAGGAGGGAUUUUACCCUUUCAGUUUUAUGUCACGGUUCUUUUACCUGAUUUAUCCGUUUGAUUUUCCAAUAGGUCUAAUCAAAGACAUAGUUUGGGGAGAGUUCACGUUUCCACAUUCAUUUUUGCAGUCAAUAAAAGUGGAGUCGACAUUUUUGGUUUGUAUCGUCGUGUUUGCGUGUAUAGCCUUAGUAAUACCGUCAUACCUUCUCGUCUUGGGAAUUCUAUCGCUGUUCUCAAAGUCAAGUUGUGAUGACGAAACAGAAGCCGGUGCGUUAUUUCCUGAUAUAGAAGAACCAGAUUGCAACGACAAAGCGUUGGUCGUAAUGACCUUUUUUGCCGUACUGGUUUGUUGCUGCGCAUGCGCAGACGUAGUCUCUUGGAUGUCUACUGCAGCAAGACAGUUGUAUCACAGUCUCGUUCCACCAAUAGAUCUUGUGCUCCACGCUUACGAAGACGAUUUAAAAAAUGUGGAGACAUUACUCGGAGAGUCCAUUCAGCAAGCCGUGGCAUCCGAAAGUGGAAUCGAUUUAGUUUUCGACUCUUUAGCAGACAUUAUCACCGAAACUGAAGACCUCUCUGCAAAAAUAUCAUCCCUUCGCGAUGUAAGCAUCAAAGCCGGUGUAUUGGCAUCCGCUGCCUCAGACAGGAUAAAAGAUUUGGUCAAACAGCUGGAAACCCUGAAGAAAUAUUGCACCGUUAAAGAUAUGCCUUUAUGUGAUACUUUGAACUCUCACUCUUUGGAAAUGAAAAUGAAAUUUGACAUGAUCCUUCACGAGCAGCAACUACUAGAACUUCGUAAACUAGGCGUUGAGAACUUAACGAGAGCCAUUUCGAUCUCCAGACAGGAGUUUCGAAGUAUACCUUCUGUUGUAUCCGCACAAACACUAAUUGCCAGACAAGCUGUAUUAAAGGAUAUAGAAACGAGAAGACAAGAAGUACACAAUUCAGCGAAGAUUGUAAACAAUAUCGUACGUGAUCUCACGGCACGAUUACAUUCAAUGGCGAAACAAAUCGAUAGAAGCUUAGAAAGGAUACACAAAUACGAGUUCGGAAGAUGGAUUAUAAUGUUAGCAUGCAUACUAAUGUUCUCACUUGUGAUGGCGCUUAUACUAAUGGCUGUGGUGUGUGGUUGUGGACAAGCAAAAAAUCACGCCCAAAGAACACUAAAGGUGUCGACAGUAUUGCUUUGUUUCAUAUCUUUGUUACUAUGGUCGGUGGUAUCAGCAAUAUUUCUUGCCUCGGGACACGCGGAAGUUUACGUCUGUCACGCUCUAUGGGAUAGUCCGCAAUAUGAGACACUUACAGCUCUGUUCGAUAGACCAUCACCACUACUAUCAAACAGGGAAGGAAUAUUUGAUGCUCUCUUCAACAAUAUCGAUAAUGUCACAAUGGAUAUUUCUGUCAAAGAUGUCAUAAGAGACUGUGAAAAGGACCGUCCGGCGUACGUAGUGUUUCAGUUAGACAAACUCUUGGACGUGAAUAAAGAAACUUCGUACUUCGAAUGGGAGGAACUUCAAGCCGACUUAAGCGGACUUGCAUCAGCGAUAGAUGUCGGAUUUUUGAAAACGAUAUCCUUUGAUUUUAUUAAAUUGUUGAACGAAAUGCUCGUGGUUUCUGGUGUAGAUUUUGCGAAAUACAGGAUGGAUUAUAAUGUUCCUAUGGUCGGUAAAGAUUUGCCAUCAUUAGUGGAUCAGCUCGAGAAUGUUGCAGCGCAAGUAACAGAUUUGACCACAGCUGGCAGAUUAGAGACAUUGACAACAAGAACACAACGAUUGUACAUAAAUAAUAUAAAGCCUUUAGAAGAAAUGAGAGCAGACAUAGUAUUCAAACUAACUGAGCUCGAAUUACAGCUGAAACCAUUUAGAAAAAAACUAAAUAUUUCUCUUAGUCAUAUACAUACAGCCCAAUAUUAUAUUGACAAUCAAGGAGAUGUCAUAGCCCAAAAGAAAGUCUCCACAUUCGUGUCCCGUCUCAUCUCGCACGCUGCCGGCUGGCGCACACACGUGCUCAUGUCCACCGGGAAACACGCGGCUAAAUGUCGACCGCUGUUCACAGUUUACUCCGCACUUAGAUCACUAAUAUGCAGCCAUUAUGUCGCAUCGUUGCACGCUUGGUGGGUCUGCGGUUUCCUACUAGGACUCAUAUGGUGUAUUGCAGUAACACCAUUAUGCGUCAAACUUUGGAGAUUUUAUAGUCGGAAAAUAAGAACUCACGAAACAAUGAUUCUCACUAGUUUGGGGCAACAAGAAACGCCUACAACGGCUCUGUGUGAUGGAAGCAAUUGGAAUACACCCGGACCACCGCCUCCGCCUAGAAGUGACAGUUGGUGAAAUGUCAAAAAUUUCAAAAUUUUCAAGCGCAAACAUGUAUUUGAUCACAACACUGGACGGUAACCAAAUUACAAACAAAGCGUACAUUAGUCAUUAAAUUGAUAUUGUUAACACGGAACCCUUACAGCUUCCUUCAAUGCCCCUGUUUGUACUUACAUACACCCGUUCCAUUUUAUACAGAGAUUAUUGAUGUUAAAUAUGAGCGAAAUUUGAUAGACGCCAUAUACAUAUUAUUAUCUGCACUAACCUUUCACUUCCGUGCCUGUUUUUGCGGCGAAGCCGACUUGCGUUCCAAUUUCAAUGGUGGACAACUGUUGUGCAAGAAACUUUAUGGUGAUGGCUUCCGUUUUAGCCAUUAAAAUCCACUCUUACAAACAAUUAGUUAUUCCAAUUUGUCGACAAACUAAAGGACUCCAUGCGAUUUUUUGGCUAAGAUUUCUAUUAAGUUAUUUUAAGAGCUUUUAGUAUAUUCAAACAGCGUUAUCAAUAAAUAAUAACUUCCAGCUAAUUAAUCAAGAUUCAGAGAGGUUUUUUCCUCUAUAGCAACAAACUAAAAUAUUAAAAUCGAUUAAUUCUGAAAUGGAUUUCCAAUUAGAUAAUAAUGUUAGUACAUGAUUUUUAAAUAUAGCAUUUUUUAUUAUAAGUUCAUUGUUGAAGUUAUAAAAGUGAAUUGAGGAAGUGAAUCAUGUUGUAAAUACUAAGAAUUUUAGGAGACUAAUUAGUUUUGUUAUUACAUAUUUUUUAAUAAUAGUCUCGGUGAUUUACUGCUGAUUUUUUUUUCCCUCUCAACAUCACUCCUUAUAUAUAAACUUAGUGACCUUGGCUUGAUACUACGGGCUCUUAUUGAGCUCCCGGUAAAAGUCGGACAUAAAAACAUCCAUAGUACAUAAAAAAUGAUGGAGGCCUUUGAAUGACCUGCAAGAAAAUAUUAAAAAUGGAAUUUUAUUUAAACAAUCACUCGUUAAUUUUUUCUACUAAAAACUUGAAAACUUUCCGUGGAUUGAAUGAUGGAUGAACCGGAAGGCAUAAAAUAGUAAUGGCGAACAAACAUCUGAUCAGCUUCCGUGUUAGGCUAUGUCUACACUUAAAUUCGAGAGUAGGUUAGCAGUAUUCCAUUUUGGCAUCGUAGCUAUAUGUAAUAUAUAAAACAUGGCAAAUAGCUAUAUUAACAAUUUAAAAUUGGACUUUGGCACGACUUCGACGAUUGUAAGAUAACAACUGUGAAAUAAUAAAUUAUCAUUAGUAUUUAAGUACACGAUUUCCAAAAUAAAGGAGUAGCAUUAUGCAAUAAAAAACAAACAUGCAAAUUUUUUAAAUAGUAUAUAAAUACUUAGUUGUAAUAGGGAGUAUUUUAAUACUGGACGAGUAGAGACCAAAUUAUAUUGACUAUUUCUGCCGCGAAAACGUCAUGUUUUUAGAUUUGAAGGUUGAGACAACCUGUGUACUUACAAUUGAGCCGUAGACUACAUGUCUCAAAACAGUUGGCGGCACACCCGUAGAGAGAUCUGUGGGCCUCUCUGACAAUUUAAUAAGUGUAUGAAUCGUAACCACGUGCAUUCAUCUAAGCAAUAAAGAAACUACAUCAAACAAAAUUGUUCACAAAAAUAUGCAAAUUUAAAACAUAAUCUUUUCAAUAGUGUAACCUCUGGAUGUUAUUUAAUAUUAAUAUAUCAUCGUGAAUAUUGGCAUUGAACCAACCCCAACUAUUGGGCCUGAUUUAAACAGUUAUCUUACGGAGUUUGCUUACGAUAUUUAUAAUAUUUUAAUGUCAACAAAGUACAAUUGACAAAAAUGACAAAAAUAAAUUUUACUAAAUGUU